AUGGAUUUUGAAAAAUUAUUAACUCAAAGUAUUCAAGAACACAAAUACUGGCAAUUUAAUGCUGAGUGGUGUAAAGAUUGUAAAUAUUCGAAAAGAGUUUACGAAAAGAUGAACAUUCCUCAGGACAAGAUUUAUUUUUUCGAGAUCAGUGGGUAUUCCAAAAAGGAACAGAGUGAAUGUAGAGCUGCAUUGAAGAAGAUUAUUGGUACUGGUAAUUUGCCUAGCAUUAUGAUUGAUGGUAAAUUGUGGGGUACUGAGAAGGAGUUGCAUGAGCUGGAAGAUAAGGGGGAGUUGCAAGAGGAGUUUGUAAGAAUUGGAUUGUUAUAG